CCCUUAUUGCGUUCUUUGCACCCAUCUUCGAACAAGCCGUCACUAAGAAAAGAGAAGGGUUUUCUCUGUUUGUGUCGGAGCUCAUUUUUAACUCUCGUUGAUCAAUCAUGGCUGACAGGAACAAUGCUGAUGCUCGUCAUCACGUCUCUGUUAACUCUCCCCUGCAGAUCACCAAAGGUCUAUAUCAUGGUUUAAGUAUCGGCACCAGGUCGGUCGAUCUGGAUAUGGAGAAGCAGCAUUGUAAUGAAAUGCAAGGAUUGGAUAAUCUCAUCCCCCUUUCACCACAGUGGCUUCUGCCAAAGCCUGGGGAGAGUAAGCCUGGGAUAGUGACUGGGGAAUCCAAUUUCAGCCCUUGUCCAGGUCAUACCAAUCGUGCGGAUGCCUCAAAACCAUCAGGAUUUGUUGAUGAAAUCCAAGACAAGGAGAAGAAAAGGGACGUUUUUCAACCAAGUUUCCUUGAUACAGAGUCUGGUCGCCAGGACCGCUGGCGUGAUGAAGAACGAGACACCAAUUCCUCUCUCCGCAAAGAUCGCUGGAGGGAGGGAGAUAAAGAGCUUGGUGAUGCACGCAAGAUGGACCGGUGGAUGGAAAACCCCUCCAUUAGACACUCUGGGGAAGCACGCCGUGUCCCAUCUGAGAGGUGGACUGAUUCUAACAAUAAGGAAAGCAAUUAUGAGCAACGCCGUGAAAGCAAAUGGACCACACGUUGGGGGCCAGAAGAUAAGGAGUCAGAAAGUUGGCGAGAGAAGUGGCUAGAUUCUAGCAGAGAUGGUGAAGUGCCUCGUGAUAAAGGAUUAACUCAUCUGAACAAUCAUGGAAAAGAGGAUAGGGAGGGAGAUUAUUAUCGACCAUGGCGAUCUAACUCCCAAAACCGAGGAAGGGGAGAGCCCCAUCACCAAACUCUAACACCUAACAAGCAAACACCUACAUCUGGUUACAGCAGGGGGCGAGGAGAAAAUACUCCUCCGACAUUCUGUAUUGUUCGUGGUAGGGUCAGUUAUGGUGGAAGUUCUGUGAAUAGCACUUCUACAUAUUCUCAUUCUUUAGGUACUGUCUCAGACAAGGGUGAAAGUGCUCAUGGGGAGCCUUCCCCUUUAAAUUAUAGUAGGACGAAAUUGCUUGAUAUAUACAGGACAACUGAUUUGAUAUCAUAUGGAAAGCCAUUAGAUGUAGAAGGAUCUUCUCUUACACAGGAAGAACCAUUAGAACCGCUGGCACUUUCUGCACCUACCCCGGAGGAAUUGGUUAUCCUAAAGGGAAUCGACAAGGGUGAGAUAUUGAGUAGUGGUAGUCCUCAGGUUUCUAAAGAUGGUUCUUUAGGACGGAAUUCAACUGAUUUGGUGCAAACAAGACGAACAAAACUUGGUAGUCGAGAAGAUUUACCGUCUUCCAUUGAUGACUUUAAGUACGAAACUUCUGACAAUUUAAAAGCUUUUCGGGAAGAUGUUGCUACUAAUAAAAAAGUUGAUGAGGUGGCAGUUGAUAAGGAAAUGAAUGUACUUGGAAAUUCAUCUGCUCAUUUAGUCCCCUCAUGGAGAUCUCAGUCCCUAGGAGAGCGCUCACAUUUACCAUUGCAUGAUUGGAGAGAUUUUCCAACUGAAGUUAGGUCGGUAACUUCUGAAAUGGGCUGGUCAUAUUCAAUUAAGGAGCGGGAUGCAGAACUGGGGAAUAGUAAAGCAGUUCCACCUUCUUACUACAAGGAUGAAACUAACUGGCGAGUUGGUGAAGUUUUCCACCCAGAUAUUGGCCGCGACUCCAUUCUUAAAAGGCAUUCAUCUGAAGUCUUUGACAGGGAACAAGAAACUCGAAAGUUUUUGCUGCAGCCUUCUCCUGAGGAGUUAUCUCUCUAUUAUAAAGAUCCACAAGGUGAAAUUCAAGGCCCUUUUUCUGGAAUUGACCUCAUUGGGUGGUUUGAAGCUGGAUAUUUUGGCACAGACUUGCAAGUCCGUCUUGCAAAUGCUUCACCUGACACGCCUUUCUCAUUGCUUGAGGAUGUUAUGCCACACUUACGAGCAAAAGCAAGGCCUCCACCAGGAUUCAGUGCACCGAAACAGAAUGAAACUGCAGAUUCAUCAAGUAGGCCAAAGUUCAGCAACCUUGGAAAGGUUCAUGCUGCUUCCAGUGAGAUUGAUAUUGUCAAAAAUGAACCAAGGAGUGGACAUGAAUUUGUGAAGACUGAAUCUGAGAACAGGUUUUUGGAGUCACUAAUGUCCAGUAAUAUGAGCAGUCCCCCAGGAGAGAGGUUUUCUUUCCCAGAAGGUCUGCAAGGUUAUAUUAGAAAUAACUCUGGUGGAAUGCCCCCAGUGGGAUUAGAUAGUGGCAGUGACUUAAAUUACCUCAUGGCACAAAGAAUAUCGCUGGAGCGCCAGAGAUCUAUUCCCAAUCCUCACCCAUAUUGGCCUGGGCGAGAUGCAGCAUCCAUGGUUCCAAAGGCAGAGCGUGUCCCUGAAGCUUCUAGUCACUCAAAACUCCUACCUUCGAUGGUAGAUGGUCAUCAUCAGAUUCCUCAUCUUCAGAAUGUGGACUUGAUGUCUAUACUACAAGGUGGUGCAUCUGACAAUUCUCCUUCUGUUAAUGGAGUUACCAGUUGGUCAAAUUUUCCUGUUCAGAGCGGGUUGGAUGUGCGGCAGGAUAAGAUUGAGAUGCAUCAUAAUCAACCUUACCCUGCCCAAACUGCAUAUGGGAUGCAACAACAGAAUCAGCCAUCUUUAUCUAAUAUAAUUGCUCAAAACAUAGAUCAUCCUACUGGCAUUGUAACCCCAGAAAAGCUACUCUCGUCUGGUCUCUCUCAAGAUCCACAGAUGCUAAGUAUAUUACAACAGCAGUACUUAUUUUCCCAACUUCAAUUACAUCCGCAGGCACCUGUUCCCACUCAAGUAUCACUACUAGAUAAACUCUUAUUGCUUAAGCAGCAACAAAAACAGGAGCAGCAGCAACAGCUUUUGCGACAACAACACUUGCUUUCACAGGUUCUGUCUGAGCAUCAGUCCCAUCAGCACUUUCCUGAGCAAUCUUAUGGACAUCUGCCUGCUGCUGCUGUGGACCAUCAUGGGCUCCGUCCUCCUCAUGAUGUCUUUCAGAAUAAGUCAUGGAUGCCAAUUUCUAAUCCGCAAGAUGGUCAUGCAGCUAACUUUGUUACUUUGUCCUCGCAACUUUCACAGGAUAUUGCUUACAGUGUCAGUACUGAAGCCUCUCCUCAACCUUUACCACAUCAAUUUUUUGAGAAUCCCACCAACCCAAAGGGUUGGGGUGUUACUAUUUCAGAACAGAUUGAUGACUCUCAGCAGAAAGAUUCAUCAUUGGUGCCAACUAUAGUAAAUAGCUCACCCUCAGCAGAAGCAAUGGAAAAUUCUUCACUUGAGCCUCCUACACUAGAGGAACAUGUGCUUAUUUCUGACAGUUGUGCUGCUGCAGUUCAAGCUCAGACGUCAGAAAGCAUUCUCAGAAAUGGUGAAGCUGUUGUAGAUCUUACCCCUGAAGCUAUUUUGACCUCUAUACCUCUAGCAUCUCCAGAAGUCCCUCCUAGUGCUCCCUCUUCAGUGACUGACAAGGGUGAAAUAUCUGUUUCUGAACAAAUUAAUCUCGAGGAACCACAAGUUCAAAAUGAGCAAUGUAAAAUUGUGUCCCCCAUGGUAAAAGAAGUUGAAAAUGCUGAAGCACGUGAGGUAAAGAAGGCGUCAGAGAAGAAGUCUAGAAAGCAAAAAUCUUCAAAGGCACAAUCCUCUUUGGACCAGUCAAAGGGAAUAUCCAAAGCAUUGCCUCCACAUCUGUUGAAGCAAUCUGCAACUGUGGGGGUAGAGACAAAAUCUGAGACACACAUGGAUAUGGGAGAAACAGUUAAUGGCACAUCACCAGUGACAACAGGAGAUGCUGGAACUGGAGUAUCUGCUGUGGAAACACUAGCUUCUCAACUGGCUAAGAAUGCCUUAUCUAGUAGGACCUUUAAUAAUGAAGUAUUAACAGUAGAAGGCAUGGCUGAACCAAGAGAAGUUGAAUCUGUUCCACUGCAUAACACACAGGCACAUUCAGGACAGAGAGCUUGGAAACCUGCUCCUGGUCUCAAAACUAAGUCCCUUCUGGAAAUUCAACAGGAAGAACAGCGGAAGGCGCAGAUGGAGAUGACUAUUUCGGAGAAUGCCACAUCCGUUAACUCCAUGAUCUCCUCAACCCCUUGGGCUGGGGUUGUUGCCAAUGUGGAGCCUAAGACUGUUACAGAUAAUCACAAAGAUUCAGUUAGUGCACAGAUUAUCACGGUAAAAUCUGAAAGUUCUGUCAAACCAAUGAGCAAACGAAGCCAGUUGCAUGAUCUAUUGGCAGAAGAAAUUUUGGCAAAGUCUGAUGAAAGAACUAUAGAGGUUUUUGACAAUACCUCUAAUCUGUCACCACUACCAGUUAGUUCCCAAGCAGAUCUGAUUGUUGAAGAAGAUGAUUUUAUUGAAGCUAAAGACACUAAAAAGAGCCGCAAAAAGUCUGCAAAGAGUAAGGGUAUGGCUGCUAAGGCUUCAACACCCAUUGCUUCUGCAGACAUGCAGAUUGCAUCAAGUCCUAUUGAGAAAGCAAAAAGUUCUCGCCAGGUACAACAGAAGGAUGUGUUACCUGCACCGCCAUCAGGUCCAUCCUUCGGAGAUUUUGUGAUCUGGAAGGGGGAGGUUGCAAAUCCUUUACCUCCUCCGGCAUGGUCUGCUGACUCGGGUAAGUUAACUAAGCCAACAUCACUAAGGGACAUCCAAAAGGAACAGGAGAAAAAGGUUUCUUCAGUACAAAACCAAACUCAACUACCAACUUCUCAGAAAGCGCAGUCAAACCGCGAGACCCGUGGAAGUGGUUCUUCAUGGGCAGUGUCUGGGUCAUCACCUUCUAAGGCUCCAUCUCCAAUUCAAACCAAUUCCUUUGCUCAGGUUCAUUCGAAAUCUAAGGCAGAGGAUGAUUUGUUCUGGGGCCCACUGGAUCAAUCAAAACAAGAUGCCAAACAGCCAGAUUUUCCAUCUCUUGCAAAACAGAGCAGUUGGGGAUCCAAAGCCACAGCUGUAAAAGGAAAUUUAGCAGGAUCCACAAGUCGGCAGAAGUCUACAGGAAGCAGAUCAGCUGAUUAUUAUGUCUCCUCUUCUGCUGUUUCUCAGUCCUCCAGGAAAGGAAAGCAAGAUACGAUAAUCAAGCAGUCAGAGGCCAUGGACUUUAGAGAUUGGUGUGAAAGUGAAUCUAUGAGGCUUAUUGGGACAAAGGAUACAAGUUUCCUGGAAUUUUGUUUGAAGCAGUCAACAUCAGAGGCUGAGACACUUCUGGUGGAGAAUCUUGGGUCAUUUGAUCCUGAUCAUGAGUUCAUUGACAAGUUUCUCAACUACAAGGAACUGUUGUCGGCUGAUGUAAUUGAUAUUGCCUUCCAAUCUCGGAACCACCCAAGGGUGGAUGGGUUUGGUUCUGGAAAUGUAAAUAUGGAGAGUGUAGGUGAUGGAGACUUCGACUCAGGAGGCAAAAAGAAAGGGAAGAAAGGGAAGAAGGUGAUGAACCCAUCGGUUCUGGGGUUCAACGUUGUUAGUAACCGCAUCAUGAUGGGUGAGAUUCAAAUGGCAGAGGAGUAGGAGAGUUUGAGUAAAGUUGUAAAUACAUUUGUCUGAAGGACCCCUUUGUAAAUGUUGUUUUAGGAUUUUAAUUAAAUCCCCCUCCCCCCUUUUUUAUUUAUAGAGCAGCACGAUUGUGUGCUCAAGCGGUUUUGUGGAGUAAUAUUUAAACUGUAGAGCCCUUCUGAUUUGUU